GCUGGCUGAGGACGCGUCUGCCCCGCGUUUCCAGGCCGCAGUCGCUUCUUCCCUCUCCUUCUGCGCCCCAAGUAUUCCGGGGCGUCCGCCGCGGAGCAGCCGAGGAGCGGCUCCCAGCACCUGGCUUCGCGGGAGCGGGUCAGCAAGCAUUUGCUCAUGAGCAAGGUGAAGAGGUCGCUUAGCACGCCCGAGGUGGAGACCUGGGAAGCGGAAGAGGAUGACAUGAGGGAAGGUGACCUGGGCAACGGCCUUGGAUGGAGCCCCGGCAGCCUCGCCCAGCUGGAAGUCUCGGAAGCCCUUGCCUCUAGACGACCAGAGGGAAGGAGCUUCAGCCCUCCUGCACUGCCGGGAGCUGAAGAAAGCAGGACAGCUGUCUUCCAGCGUUUCAUGCCCAGGAGCCUGCAAACCGCCUGCUUUCAGAGACCCGAAGCGGGCAGCUGCAGCCCCGCAGGGAGGCUUGAUUCUACUUCAGAAGUGUCAAAUGAAGAACUCAGGCAACGUCUUCAGGAAACCUUAGAGGUAUGUCCCCUGGCUAAUCCACAAGUGCUCAGUUCUAGAGGCCACGACCUUGAGUCGAGCUUUGGGCAGGCUCUGCGCCUCCGAAGGCUCUCGCUGCUGCCGGUGGCUGCCGCGGCCCUUGCUGUGCAUCCUGUGAUGGGUGCAGUGCGUGCUGGGAAGCCGAAGCUUUGCCCGCAGCGGGAAACGCACCAAUUUAUCCGCACACCACCUCAACCAGAGAAGAAGAUGCUAAUUAAAGUGAAGACACUGACCGGAAAGGAGAUUGACAUUGACAUUGAACCCACAGACAAGGUGGAGCGAAUCAAGGAGCGUGUCAAGGAGAAAGAGGGAAUCCCGCCACAACAGCAGCGGCUCAUCUAUAGCGUUAUUCAGAAGAUACUUUUUUCCAGACUAAACUGUGAAAAUGCAGUUCUCAAAGAGAAUUUGAAACUGAAAACAGAAGAAAUUAGGACGCUGAAGUCUGAAAAUGGAGUUUUGAACCAGCGGUACUUGGAAGCGCUUGCCAGGCUGGACGUCAUACAGCAGAGGGAGGCUCAGCGAAGCAGGUCUGGGGAGGACUGCGGCUGUGUGGAGGUGACCGGUCUGGAGCUCGCAGUGCUGGGAGCCUGCCUCUGCCACGGUCCCGGAGGGAGUCCCUGUCCCUGUGCCAGGACAGCAGCAUCCGCUCGGAAACUGGUUCUUCAGCUCAGACACGAGCUGGAACUUUUGCAGAAGAGCAAAGAAGAAGCUUACAUCGUAGCAGAUGCAUUCCGAAUUGCAUUUGAGCAACAGUUAAUGAGGAAAAAUGACCAGGCCCUGAGACUGACACAAAUGGAGGAAAUGUGUAAAAAAGCCAAAACACGGAUAAGUUGGAAGCCUCUCACGGAGGACGGACAUCAACCUCGAAGGAGUAAGAAGACAUUAGGGCAGAAACUGCUGGGCCUGCUGCCUUUGGAAGGCAGCUCUCAGAGGACGGAAGACCAGGGCAAUCCUCAGGAAGUCUGUAGGAUGCUCAUUGAGUUGUUAAAUGAUAAAGAAGAAGUGCUGGCACAUCAGAGAAAAGUUAGCUACAUGCUUGCCCGGGCGCUGGAAGACAAAGACAGCGCUUUGAAAGAGAAUAAAGACAAAAGCCCCGUGAACGAGAACUUUCCAUUCCCAAAGCCCUGGCAUAAGCCGUCGUCGGAAUUCUCUGUUCUGUGUGACCCUGUACAUCUAGGCUUCGGGACGUUUAAUUCUACGGGCUGUGCUUGUUCAGGCCAACAGACAGAUCCCAGCCUCACACGAACUCUUAGAAGAUGCUGUUCUUUGCCAUCCAGUAUCACGUUUUGAAGACACACUUACCACCUGAAGUCAGAACCGAGAGCUUUUUACAUUGAGAGACUGGGGCUGGGGGCAGAGCUCCGUGGCACGGUGCUUGCCUAGUACCUGCCAGGCCUGGGCUGCCGGCACCAAGACUUGUGAAAAGGACUGCGUGCCAGUGUUGGUGCAGCUUGAGCCGCUGUGUGUUUUCCAGGAUUUUUUUUU